AUGGCAGGAAGCGCGAGUCCGAUCGCGGGAGGCUCCAAGGAGACGCUCGUCCCUUACAAGCGGAGCCAGCGACCAUCGUGGUCUUGCACCGAAUGUGCGCGCCGAAAGAUACGAUGCGACAAGAAGGUGCCUUGUCAAUCGUGCGUCAAGCGUGGCAAAGCCGAGCAUUGUCGGCUCGAGGGCGCAUCUUAUACGCUGGCUGGCCCGUCGUCUCAAAAGCUCGAGUCACCCGAUCAGCAACAGAGGGAUUACGACACGUCCUUGCAUCUCAACACCACGCCGUCUGCACCGCGUCGAAGGCUUUCUGCAGCGGUUGAAACGCCGGGCAACUCGAGCCAACUGGCCCAGGAUGGAACGGAUCUCUUUUUGCGUGGACUCUCAAGACUACAGACGCAGCUCGAUCGCAUCGAAAGGCGCCUUAACGAUCAAACCAAGCAUGACGAGUCAAUCGAAGACGUGAAGGCUAGACUCAAUGAUGUAGAGGAGGUCAUAUCUGUGCUGGGUGACAAUAGGGCAAGCUGGGCAAAGUCAGAAGCAGCUUCCACCUCGAAUGGGCGCACACCGCUAGACGACGUUGCACAGGGCUUGGACAGCGACAGGCCACAUACCGUCAGUGCUGCCACGCCACGAUCAGCAGGGCAGGCAGCGCAUGCACUGAGCGCUGGCCUGCCGGCGAGUCGGCCACAAGGACGAAAUGCGGAAUUGGCCUCGACAGAUGCAGCUACGACUCUGGAGUUUCUCACACUCGGAAAGGACAGGCGGCGCGAUGUCAACUUUGACGUGGGCUCCUCGGAUAGCGAAGGCGAGUCUGGGCUUCCGGAAAGCCCAGGAGCCGCUGACGAUCAAGUUCGGACCUCGACGCGGCAAGAUACCCGCGACACUGAGGCAGGAGCAUCCGAGAACGGCUUUGAUGGUAGAUCGCGAAUGCUCAAACAUCUUCGUCGAGGGCUGCCUGCCAGCACAGUCUUCCGGAUUGACUCCCUGCUGAAGUCGCAUCGCGACAAUCUGCCACCAUCAAAUUUGCUGGCGAGACCGGCUGCCAAGCCGAUCACGGACGGCAUCAAAGCUGCGACGCUGACUGCGACUACUAUCCGCCGCAUCGUCGAGGUGGCAAAGGAGAUUGGCGCUUGGCAGCAUUGCUGCGUGCACUUUCCAACGUUUGAAAAGGAAGUCGAGGCUUUUGUCGCCAUAGCCGUAUCAGAAGAGAGCGAAAGCGAAUACGAAGGGUAUCGAGCCAUCGACCCUGCCUGGCUCUCGCUCUUCUACGUUAUCAGCAGUAUCGCCAUUCAUCAGAUGUCAGAAGAGGAAGGGGCUUUUUGCGGUCUCGGCUCCGAGACAGAGCGUACGCGAUUCGCCUCGGUCCUUCUGCAUGCAGCAAUGGAGGCGCUUUCCCUGGCCGACUACCUCGUCAAGCCCUCGGUGUACUCGUGUCAGACUAUCGCGAUUCUGUGUGUGGCAGGCCACAACAUCUGUGGAAGUGAUCUGCUAACUUCGCUCCUCGCCAUCGGCAUCAAGACCGCCCAAACGCUCGGCUUGCACGCACUCGGGCGGACAGCAAGGUUUCUGGAGGCGUGCGCGGUCCAGCGUGGUCAGGUGCUGUAUCGCGCAGGCAUGCAAUGCGAAGACGCAGGCUCAUGUCGCCUGCCGGACGAAUCUCGUCGGCAGUUCGCCAUCUGGAAGAAGCGCAUCAUUGACCUUGAAGUUGGCAAGCGAGUCUGGUGGGCUUUCACGCAGCAAGAUUACUUUGCCAUCCCAUUCAGUGGUUGUUUUUCCAUCGUCGAAGGACAGUACGACACACCCUUACCUCACAAUUGCUCGGACGAGGACUUGGAAGAAGGUCGAUUGAUCAAUCGGGAUGUCAACGUGCUGACCGUAGCAUCCAAGCAGCGCUUCACUUGCCAUGUCGCAAAGAUUGUUUGCGACUUCUUCGAGGACCUCAACAAGACGCGGGAGAUGCCUUCUCUAUCGUUGGUCAGACACCACGAGGAUCGUCUUCGAUUUGUGACGAAGCGUUUUCAAGCUUGUAUCGAUCCCACGCAGUCAGCAUCCCGGCAGGGCAAAGAUGCUUCCUUGCCGAGCUUCACAACCGUCUUGCAGCACUAUCUCUUCAUCUCGGUGCAACACAAGAUCCUGGUGAUGCACCGCGCUUUCCUGUCUCGAGAUGUCUCAGCGGAAGAAAGGGCGCUGUCACAUGCCGCCUCGAUCGAGACUGCUCGUGGAGUACUGCACGAGCUCGAGCGCGGACUAGGUCUCAGUGCUGACGAUGACGACAGACCGCAGCUGGACUUGCAGUCGCGAGUGCAUGGAGGAGCGCUGUGGACCAUUCCGUAUCACUCGGUCGCCGCAGUCACAAUCUUAGCGCUCGACAUGUUUGAGCCAGCCUCGGAUGGCCAACAGCGUGCUUUGCGACGCCAGGAAGUCAGACGUGCUCUCGAAGCACUCGGUCGCUUCACACGCAAAAGUGCCAUUGCACGCAGAGGAUGUCAAUUGCUUUCGGAUCUUCUCGCAGAAGGCGAGCGCUACGAUCGACAACCCGGACAGCCAAGGAAGCGCAAGAACACUGAUGGAGUUGACUCGGUCCUCAAGCGUAUUAGAUUGCCGGAGGGAGAAGAUGGCCCGCAAGCGGCAUCCGAAACCAAGCUGGGCAACGGUCUGAGCAAGACGGCAUCAGCGGCAGCAGAGCCGAUCGUGGAUCCAUUGUACGCCAACAACGCCUCGAACGAUCCUACGUUGGAGGCGAGCUGGUUUUCGCACUUCAAUCAUGGUUCCGUACGCUCGGACGUGUCUUCUGCCCUGCUCGAAGGCACAUCGCCGGACGACGAGCACGCUGGACUCUUUCCGAGCGCCUCUUUCGGUUACGGAUCGAGCAACUUCAAUCCGCUUGCCGGCAAUUCGACGUCGCGGGCCGGACACAGCGUCUCGUUCCAGCCCGGCGAAGCAGCAAAUUCAUUAUCGAGCAUGUUCAUGUCGUACACGGGUGGACCGACCAGCUCCGCGCUCACACUCGACGCUAGCCCCUCGAAUGGCAUGCAGAACGAGACGCGCGAUGCCAGGGCCUCGACAAGAAGCGCUGCGCCAUGGGGAAGCCACGAUCUGGAGACGGCUCGAGGAUCCAACCAGGCUGCUGCAGGUCAAACUUGGUCUGCCGGACAGCCGAGCACGUCACUGGAUGGAGGACAGGCCAAUAUCCCGGGGAUGAAUCUCAACAUGCCUCAGCAACAGCUGGCACACAUUCUCCCAGCGCUCGAGUCGAUGCCGGACGUCUGGAAGUUGUUCGACGGCACAUUGGGCCAAAGUCUGGUCGCAUUCGAAGAGAGCGGAUUCUGA